AUGCCGUCGGUACGGACAAGGCCCAUCGAGAAGUUUGCAAAGGCAACCGCAAAAUGCUCUGUGGAGGCGGCUGCAUAUGGCAAAUGCAUUGUUGGUGACUACAAUGCGGUACAUAAAGACAUGUGUGUCAAGGAGUUUAUGAAGCUAAAAGACUGUUUUCUGGCUGCAUCAAAGAAGGUUUAA